AUGUGAGUCCCAAAAAUCUCAAUCUAGGGAACUAAACAGGCCAUUGGGUGAAAGAUGUAUUUAGGAGAAUUUUUUUAUGAUCAUCAUCAUUAUUCAUUUGAGCAUUUUUCUAACUAUUUAGGGUGAGCAACACAACUCCAAACGGGUGAGCACGAGAUUUUUUGUGAUUUGGGUUCCAUCUUUUGACUUCUCUUGUUCUUUGUGAUUUGAAAAUUUGGGUUCCAUCUUUUGACUGCUGUUGUUCAUCAAACAAGCGAUGAAUCGAACGGUCACAUCUCUCCUUUAACCUUUGUAACCCUAGGAUUUAGGCCCAAUGUUUUUUUUUCAAAACCAAUUUCUUCCCUCCCAUCCAGCCCAUUUUCGCUCUCUUGUAUGUUUCGGCUCUCUUUCUUUCAUUUCAAGCUUUCAAAUGGUGGGGUUUCAUUUCUCUCUCUACUAUGACUUAAACCCUGAAGCCUAAUACCGUUUUUCAAGCACUCUCUCUCUCUCUCUAAACAUUUGGUUACUUCUUCGCCCUCGCCUUCUGAAAACCCUAAACCCCCCAACGUCACAUACCAGGAGUCACUCCCUCUUUCCAACCCUAAACCCUAAACCCCAAACCCCUACCGUCAAAUACCAGGAGUCACUCCGUCUUUCCAACGUGAAGGUUUUGGCGUCCAUGGUUGAAGCAAUGAGCCCAGAGGGCGAUAAAGUGGCUGGAACUUCUCUGAGCACUGCAAACACCGCUCAGUUCUUUGUAUGGAGGGAAUUUGUGUGGGGUGGCCUAGCUGGGGCUUUUGGGGAAGGUAUCAUGCACCCGAUAGACACAUUGAAAACUAGAUUGCAAAGUUCAGCUAUAAUUGAUGGAUGCAAGGGCCAAAAGAGCAUAUUACAGAUGGUGCGAACGGUUUGGACUGCAGAUGGAUUAAGAGGCUUUUAUCGGGGAAUUGCUCCUGGGUUGACUGGAUCACUAGCCACAGGUGCUACGUACUUUGGUGUUAUCGAGUCUACAAAAAAGUGGGUGGAGGAAAUGCAUCCUAAUUUGGGGGGUCAUUGGGCACAUUUCAUUGCUGGUGGAGUUGGAGACACUCUUGGGUCUUUUGUAUAUGUGCCAUGCGAAGUGAUGAAACAGCGUAUGCAGGUCCAAGGCACAAGAAAAUCUUGGAGUGCUGUUCUUGCUAAGGAAAAUAUCUGUCACAAAUCUGGGGAGCAGAUGUAUGGAUACUAUUCUGGAAUGUUUCAGGCAGCGUGUUCCAUUAGGAAGCAGCAAGGAUUAAGGGGAUUGUAUGCUGGAUAUGGGUCUACACUUGUUAGAGAUGUGCCCUUUGCAGGUCUAAUGGUUAUGUUUUAUGAGGCCUUGAAGGAUUUCGCAGAGUAUUCGAAAAAGAGAUGGUUGCUUUAUCCAACUUCUUAUAGCUAUAAUUCCAUUGAGGGUCUCAUACUGGGUGGAUUAGCUGGUGGCGUCAGUGCAUACCUCACAACUCCAUUAGAUGUCAUCAAGACCAGGCUGCAAGUUCAGGGAUCUUCUCCAGUACAAGGGUUGGUCGGAUGCAGUGAGGAGGAUAUGGUUAAUGGAAGGAGCAAAGGGUUUCUUUAGGGGAAGCGUGCCUCGAAUCAUAUGGUAUGUGCCUGCUUCCGCUCUUACUUUCAUGGCAGUUGAGUUUCUUAGAGACCAUUUCAAUGAUGGAGUUGAACGUGAUGUCCAUGAAAUCGCAAGCAUAUCAAUUGACACUGGCUCUUCGACAAUGAGAAAAGUUGCUUGAUUUCGUGAGUUUCCUUCAUCUUCGCUAAUCAUUACCAUUCUUGUGGAAAAAACAUUACCAAUUUCAAUGUUAAUGUUCUUGGUGGCUUCGAUUUUUGUAAAUUGUUCUCUUUGUUAUCAUCAUCAUGGAAGCCUGAUUCUUAGAAUUCCUUUGAGCAAAGAACGCUCUUCCCUCUUCACAAGCUUGUAUAGAUACCUGAAAUGACCCCUUCUCAUUAAACUGGGUCAUUUGAUUGAAGAUUAUGUUCCAUUAGACAAGUGCCGGACCCUUUGGUCUAGGCUUGGAGAAACUUUCCUUCCUUUAUGAUAUUAGUUUUCUUUCU